AGCAUACCUUGUGGCAAGCAACAUCAGACUUUACCGGUGGACAAGCCAGCAUUCAUAGGCGACACUUUAUGCAAUGCCCUCAAGGUUUGUUAGGGAGGAAUUUUGAGAAGCUCAUACAGUGUGAUCCCCGUCUCAAUUUUCUGAGCCAACAGCAGGAUUUUGUGUUGGAGUCUCCUUAUUUUGAGACUGGAACUGCAAUUCACGACCGCAUUGAAACCAGUGAUGGUUUUGGUAGAAAAAGUGAAGGGCAUGCUGGGAUUUUUGUAUUGCAGGAUGUGGAAUCGGGAUCUGCAGGUCAAUCAUCUUCUUCCCGAAGUGAACAUAAUCUUAUGGGUAAAGCUGUUGAAAACAAUUUCCAAGAAAUCACCUCACCUAGCUCAGUGAUGAACCCUCAUGCAAUCAUAGGUUUCAAGAGUAGAGGAGCUGAAUCAUUGAAGUUUCUCAGCAACUUGGAUCAAAUCAAGUUGCCUGGUCUUCACCCUUCUAUGUCGAUUGAAGAUUUGGUUAAUCACAUUGGACACUGCAUUACAGAACAGAUGGGACCUGAAAACUCCAGCUUCGCUAGUGACAGAGCAAAGUUGGAGGAAUUCACACAAUAUUUAUUCAACGACUCUCAAAUCCAACCAGCCUCUGAUGAACAGAAUGUCAUGUCAAGGGUGAACUCCUUCUACAACCUUCUUCAGAAAUACCCUAACAGCCAUCCAAAACUGAGUUCAAAACCAAAGCCAUGUAAGAACCGAAAUUACUCAUGUUUUCACCAAAGUGAGUUUGGGGAUGAGGUUGAGAUUGGGAGAUGGAAUGAGAACGAGAGGGUUGAGCUAGCUCCUACUUUGGAAGAAGUUGAGAGAAUCGUGGGUCUUAAAUUGAAAGAUUUUAAUCCAUUUCCAAAGCUCGAAGAAGAUAUGGGCCCAAAGAAGAUAACUUCAGCCCUAAGUAUCAAUGUUCCGACUGUUCGAGACAAUUGGGGUGAAAAAGGGGGUUGCGAAGGUUUUGCCGCGAUAUUUUUGGAAGAUUUAGCUCUAAAGUUCAAGAAAAGUGGAAAUUGGAAUGCAUUCUAUGUUGUGUUGGCUUUAUUGAUCCAUGGGAUUGUGCUCUUCCCAAAUGUUGAAAAAUUUGUUUGGUCAAGUAGCCAUAGAAGUCUUUCUCUCUGGCAAUCCAGUACCGUUUCUCUUAGAUGA